GCGGCGGCUCCAGAACACUUCCGGGAGGCUCCUGUGGGGAGGUGUCUGGGUGUGUGCUUCCGGCGGGUUCCUGGCUGCUUUCUCAGCCUCCCGGACCAUCGGGCUGAAGUAGUGGGCACAGAACGGGGGGCUGGCAACCCCCGGUCGUUGGGCCCGUCAAUCUGUAGCCAUGGACCGGGACCUUAUGCGGCAGUCACUGAAUUUCCACGGGCCGUCAUUGCUCUCCCUGCUCAGGAGCGAACAGCAGGACAAUCCCCACUUCCGGAGCCUCCUGGGGUCGGUGGUCGAGCCUGCCCGGGGCCCGCCGCCCCAGCAACAGUUACAGGGCAGAAAAGAGAAAAGAGUUGAAAACAUUGAAAUACAAAAAUUCAUUUCAAAAAAAGCGGAUCUGCUUUUUGCACUUUCCUGGAAAUCAGAUGCACCUACAACUUCUGAAGUUAAUGAAGACGAUGAAGAGCAUUAUGCAAUCAUGCCACCUUUAGAGCAAUUCAUGGAGAUACCUAGUAUGGACCGGAGAGAGCUCUUUUUUCGAGAUAUUGAGCGUGGUGAUAUAGUGAUUGGAAGAAUUAGUUCCAUUCGGGAAUUUGGGUUUUUCAUGGUGUUGAUUUGUUUAGGCAGUGGCAUUAUGAGAGAUAUAUCCCACUUAGAAAUCACAGCUCUAUGUCCACUAAGAGACGUGCCUUCUCUCAGUAACCAUGGGGAUCCUUUAUCAUAUUACCAAACUGGUGACAUCAUUCGAGCUGGAAUCAAGGAUAUUGACAGAUAUCAUGAAAAGCUUGCUGUAUCUCUAUAUAGCUCAUCUCUUCCACCACACCUAUCUGGUAUUAAAUUAGGUGUAAUUAGUUCCGAAGAACUUCCUUUGUACUACAGGAGAAGCGUUGAACUAAAUAGCAAUUCUUCAGAAUCCUAUGAGAGUAUCAUGCAGAGUUCUUUGGGAUUUGUUAAUCCAGGAGUAGUUGAAUUCCUUUUAGGAAAACUAGGAAUAGAUGAAUCUAAUCCACCAUCUUUAAUGAGAGGCCUGCAAAGCAAAAAUUUUUCUGAAGACGAUUUUGCUUCUGCAUUAAGAAAGAAGCAGUCUGCAUCUUGGGCUUUAAAAUGUGUGAAGAUUGGAGUUGAUUAUUUUAAGGUUGGACGCCAUGUGGAUGCUAUGAAUGAAUACAAUAAGGCUCUGGAAAUAGAUAAACAAAAUGUGGAAGCUUUGGUAGCUCGUGGAGCAUUAUAUGCAACAAAAGGAAGUCUGAACAAAGCAAUAGAAGAUUUUGAGCUUGCAUUGGAAAACUGUCCAACUCACAGGAAUGCAAGAAAAUACCUCUGCCAGACCCUUGUAGAAAGAGGAGGGCAGUUAGAAGAAGAAGAAAAGUUUUUAAAUGCGGAAAGUUACUAUAAGAAAGCUUUGGCUUUGGAUGAAACUUUUAAAGAUGCAGAGGAUGCUUUGCAGAAGCUUCAUAAAUAUAUGCAGAAAUCUUUGGAAUUAAGAGAAAAACAAGCUGAAAAGGAAGAAAAGCAGAAAACAAGGAAAAUAGAAACAAGUGCAGAAAAGUUACGUAAGCUUUUAAAAGAGGAGAAAAGGCUAAAGAAAAAAAGAAGAAAAUCAACUUCUUCCUCUUCAAGUGUUUCUUCUGCUGAUGAAUCAGUUUCUUCUUCUUCAUCCUCUUCCUCUUCUGGUCACAAAAGGCAUAAGAAACAUAAGAGGAAUCGCUCAGAGUCUUCUCGAAGUUCCAAAAGGCAUUCAGCUAAGGCAUCCUCAAAUCAGGUAGAUCAGAAUAAGAAAGAUGAGUGCUUCCCAGUUCCAGCCAAUACUUCAGCAUCUUUUCUUAACCAAAAACAAGAAGUGGAAAAACUACUGGAAAAGCAGGAUAGGUUACCAUAUCAAAAGAAACAGGUAAAAGAAAAAGAUAGAUGCCCUCUUUCUUCAUCUUCAGUUGAAAUUCCGGAUGAUUUUGGAGGUAGGUCUGAAGAUCCAAGAGAUUUUUAUAAUAGCUAUAAAACUCAGACAGGUAGUAGCAAAACAGAAAAGCCACAUAAAUCAGAAAGACAUUUUUCCAGUAGAAGAGAUUCCUCAGAUUCCUCCUAUAGGAAUUCAGAGGACAAGAUAAAAAUGUAUGGUUAUAGAAGAUUUGAGAAAGAUACAGAAGGAAGAAAAGAACACUAUAGAAGGUGGGAGCCAGGUUCCAUGAGAUAUUCCACUUCACCAGCAAGCUCAGACUACUCUUGGAAGUCAGUUGAAAAAUAUAAAAAAUACACUUAUUCUGGAUCACGUGAUUUCAGUAGACAUGAACAAAGAUAUCAAUUAAAUAAAAAUCAAGGAGAAUAUGAAAGAGAGGGUAAUUAUGAGGAGGAUAUUAAAACAGCGGUUCCAGAAGAGGGACUAAGUAGCAAAGAGCAUUCAGAAAGUGGAGUUAAAAAAAAUUUACCUCAAAAUUUACUCAAUAUAUUUAAUCAGAUAGCUGCAUUUGAGAAAGAAAAAGGAAAUAAGCCAAAAAAUUAAUAUGCCAAGGGGAUCAGCACCGUUACACUAAAGGCUUUUAAUAAAAGGUUUUGGUCUUUUAGUAGUAACAGUCCAGUGCAGAAAUAUCUGCUCCUGCAGUUAUUUUAUUUGUAGAGACUACAGAAAGCAAGUGCUUUUUAUAGCGACCCUCAAAGUAUAUUUGUUUCAGUUGUAGGUCCCCUUUUCAUAGCUUGAUUUUUUUCAGGCUUUUCUUGUGUAUGUUUAUGUACAGUUAUUUCUUACUCUGAUGAUUUAAACUUCUUCACCUGAAGAUAACACUCUCAAAGUACUGUUUCUUCAUUGUAUUAUGGUGUGUGAGAAUUCCUUGGGUCCACCUUAUCCUGCUGUUUGAGAAAAUAUUAAAUUUGUGCACUGAACACUUGGAUCAUUUAUAUCAAAAAUUAUUUCAUUCUCUCCUCUGUUAAAUUAAAAGCUCUUGACUUUUGAAACAAAUAUAUUUGAAUGUUUCAUAAGUACCAUUUUAUAUUCAUUGUUUAAAUAUUAAGGUUUUUGCAUAACUUCUAUUUUAAAAUGCUAGAUUAUCUGUCUUGUCUAAUUGACCUCCAAACCCUGAUUUAAUUAAAAUAGUUUAUGUAUCAGCUGUCUAACAGGUACCUUAGGAAUAAAGCCAUGAAAGUUGACUAGGGGCCCAUUUUACUUAUUUCUCUUUUUCUCCCCCCUUCUUGCUAGCAAUAUAGCACUAAGAAAUUUCUUUAAAUAUUGGCAAGACCCUAAGAGACUACAUUCCAGGCAAAAAUAGAUCAGAGUAGGAAAGAGUUCUUUUAGCAAAAACAGCAGUGGCAAGUGAAACACACUAUAAAUCUGGUCUUCCACUACGGGAAAGGAAGUUAGGAGGCUGUCCUAGUAUUUCAGAUGUCCAGUUGGGAAGGCACUGGGCCUGUUUCUAAAUAGCCUAGAGCUGGCCUGCAUUUCUGCUUUUCUUCCUUAAUACCUCUCCUCUGAUACCUCCUUUCUUAGAGUCUGAAUAAAUGACUAGGCUGACAGAGCCUGGGCUUAGAAUAAAUUUCAGCAACUAGAGCUGAAGAAGGAAUGGACUUGGAUCGUCAGGAGCCUCCCCAAAUUAUUGAAAACAGUAUAGAUAGGGCUAGAGAUAGAUAUAAAUGUAAGUCAUAGGUGUUUAUAAUGGGCUUUAGAGUCUUUCCAACUCAUGAUGACACUGGAUGGGUGGGUUGGAGGGUAGUGAGUAUCCAUCUACAAAGGUCUAACUGACAGAGAAUGAUAGAGGAAGAAGACAGUCCUUGUUCUGUCUUGGAGUUCCUGCCAACAGUAAAAUACCAAAAGUUAGUAUAACUGGAUGUGUACUAUUUGUGACCUUCAGACUUCAGUGAUGGGAGCCUAAUGAAAAAGUUAAAAUUUGUUUUACAAUGAAACAGAAAAAGAAACUCGGUCAAAAACAAUAGGUAAUGGCAGUAGAAAUCAGUCAGUCACUUGGGCAUUAGUCUUUGCACCAAGAAAUUUAUCUGAAAAGAGUCCCUAGUUCUUUCUGUGUAUUAAUAGUUCUGGUAUCAUCCCUAUGUAGCCCUACAUAGUGGUGUUUUUAAAGAGUGGAAACUCUUGACAUACUAUGCCUUGACCUUUAGGAAUUGCUAGCACAGCUUCAGGAUUUUACAUACACUUUAUUUAAUAAAAUCUCUUUGAGCAUCACUAUCAACCAGCAUUGUCAUUUCCAAAGCAUUUUUGUGGCUUAAUGUUACAUUCAGUUACAAAAAAUUAGGAUAGUAUCUUAUACAACAGCCUGCCUGAAUUUAGAAAUUCCAUCUUCCCCAAAGCUUCUUUCCUGGGAUAUAUUAAGCAGAUUAUAUAAGACAAUUUAUAAGGAUAUAUUCAGGAAACCCAUCACAGAAAUAGUAUAUAUUAUUGGAGAUUUACUUGUGAAGAAUCCCUAGUGGUAUCUUCAGCACUUUUUUUCCUUGAACAUUAUGUCUAUAGUUUGUACGUACCCAGGCAGUAUCUUGGUUUGCAUAAGUAGAUGACUUUCUAACACAGCAGGUGAAUGUUAGGAUAACUCUCUAGAUUUGGAGAUAAUGGGGUUGAUCCCUUGUUUCACCAUUUAACAUUAUUACACUGAACUUGGAACUAUUACUUUAUUUAAGAGUUAAAUGUAGACUUGCAUGCUGGCUUGACCAUUCCACAAAUACUGUGCUAGGCUUUGGUUGGUGACUCAAUAAUAGGUAGAAGUUACUGUGCAAUUCCAAUGUGUCAGGCCCUGUGCACUUUGUAUAUAUUAUCUGAUUAUUUCAAUAAACUUUUGAUAUAGAUAACUCU